AUAAGAAGGUGGAACAUAAAAAAGACCCUGAAGCUGCAGUUACCAAAACAUCGGUGGUUCAGGAGGAAAGAGAGGAGACAGAGGACAAACAGGAGGAAGAGGAGGACGAAGAACAACACGGACACCUGCACAGGAGCAUCAGGAGGAGUCACCUGACCACACACCUGAGGAGGAGGAGGGCCGAGAAAACCACUGACGCUCACACAGACAACAGUGACAUCACAGCAGCAGGCGGACACACGGACAGUUCCCGUCCAGCUGCUGAGGACAGACAGUCUCACUGUAGACCCGCAGACACGCGGACAGUCUCCGGAGGCCUCCCCGCGCCUCCUCCUGUCCGCUGCAGCUCCCGCCUGGCCGCCAAACCACGACGCGUUCACUGUCUGAGCAGCCGAGGGAAACAACAACCUCCUGCUGUCCCCGACACACCGGGACAGACAGAGGGACACGGCCGGAGCUCCGCCGAGGACGCCUCGUCCAUCACAGAGACGGAGCCUCCCGGAAAGAUCUCGCUCCCUGAUGCUGAGGCGACUGCAGCAGCGCAUGUGGGCGAGGAGGUGAGAGAGCGGCGCUACAGGUGCUCCAGCUGCGGGAAAAGGUUUUACCAGAUCGGACACUUAAAGAAACACCAGUUCAGCCACACGGCCGAGAAACCGUUCAGCUGCCAGGAGUGCGGCAAGAGCUACACCUCCGCCGAGAGCUUCAGGGCGCACCAGAUGAGUCACCGCGGCGAGCGUCCCUUCUCCUGCCCUCACUGCGAGAAGACGUACGGCCUGAAGCGGGACCUCAAGGAGCACCUGGUGCUGCACACCGGAGAGAAACCGUACGUCUGCGAGCACUGCGGCAAGGCGUUUGCUCGCCGCCCCUCCCUACGCAUCCACCGCCUCCUUCACUGCAGCAGGAUGACUUACACUCAGCCCCCCAAGGUGCCGUGUCCGCUCUGCCCGAAGCUGCUGGCCAACUCGGGCUCUCUGAGGAACCACUUGAAGCUCCACACGGGGGAGAAACCUCACAUCUGUCAGCACUGCGGGAAAUGCUUCAGCCAGAAAG